AUGCUCGAGACCGUGGUCCAGGUGCGGGGCGACGACAUGGCGCGCAUCGUCGGCGACCUGCUCCAGGAGAGUAUCAUCGAGCCGUGCGUGGACACCGACCAAAGAGCGUUCCAUCUGUCAAUCGAACAUCGCAACCAGACCAAUGACACUGUAACCCUGGAGGCCACCCAGGCGCUCAAGUUACAUAACGUGGGCGUCAAGUGCGCCACCAUGAUGGCUGAGAAGGACGUUCUCGAGAAGUACCAAUUGAAGCGCACGUGGAUGUCGCCCAACGCCGCCAUUCGCAACGCCCUUGGUGGUGACGUGUUCCGGAAGCCCAUCGCCUGCCGCAACAUCCCUCCGCUCAUGAAUAAGUGGCGCAGGUCCAUCAUCACCGCGCGCCACGCGUUCGGCGACCAGUACAACAGCCAGGACUUCGUGGUCCCCGGACCCGGCACGCUCCAGAUCAAGUACUCGCCUUCCAUCGGAGCUUACUACAACCAUGACAGACUCAUGGAGCUGUACCUGGACGCCAACCUGAGGGCGUUUGAUCUAUCAAUCGAACAUCGCAAGGAGAUCAACGACACGAUCACCCUGCAGGCCACCCAGGCGCUCGAGGUACACAACGUGGGCGGCGUCAAGUGCGCCAUCACGUCCUAG